UCCACUUGUUCCUUCCUCUCUCUCUCUCUCUCUCUCUCUCUCUCUCUCUGAUCCAAGAAAUGGAGUUCGUACCGGCUCGAAACCCUAAGGAUUUCUUGUACAAGAACAAAUUACAAGAGUAUGCACAGAAAUCUCUCAUUCCCUUGCCUAUAUAUCAAACUAUUAAUGAAGGAAAACAACAUGCUCCAAAAUUUAGAUCAUUUGUUAUGAUAGAUGGAGUAGGCUUUGUGUCAUCCAGCACUUUUAGUAAUCGAAAAGAGGCAGAGCAAGAUGCAGCGAGAAUUGCCCUUGAAGGGAUCUUGCAAAAGACAAAACAAGAAGGCAUGCAUCUAAUUCACCAGGAUAAGAUUUUCUGCAAGUCCAUUCUUAAUGAAUAUGCAAUGAAGGCGACUGUAGAUAAGCCUGUUUAUACAACAGCUCAAUCAGGAAGUGUGAUUCCCGUUUUCGUCUCCACUUUAGUUUUUGGAGGCAAAUCUUAUAUUGGUGCUCAUGGGAAGACUAAAAAAGAGGCAGAACAGUCAGCUGCACGUGUUGCUAUUGAGUCCAUUCUUAGCGGUUCCGACACCAAAGCUCUAAUGUCUCAAAUUAUAAAAUCCAAGAGUAGAUUUUAUGCUGCAGUUCAUGGAACUGAUGCCUUGGCAGUAAAUCUGAACACGAAUGCGGGUUUGGUAGGAUCUGCAGAGGAUCAGCCUGGUCCUUGGAUUCAGUUUGGAAUAGGGUUUCAUUCAGCUAUAGAAAAUGGCAAACCGCUGACAGGACAUGACUCUGAAGUAUUUCCGUCGUGUGAGCAUGUCAAUGCUGAAGUACCACACCUUGUUUCUUCUGUAUUAAAAGAAACCAAAUGAUGAAGUUCUGUCUCAAGGAAAUUCUGAAUUAAUUCAAAGUGAUCCAUAUGUGCCUGCUUUCGCACAAGGUAGCCAAUUAUCAGGAGUUGGAAACAGUGGUUUCAAACCGGCCCCUAAUGAAUCUUAUUCUCAAGAGAAUGAUCAAGUAAUUGCUUCUGUCGAUACCUCUAUAGUCCCUGAUGAUCCUCAAGUUAUGAUUUCAAGCCACGACAAGAAGCGCUCAUUCGAGACAAGAAAUGAUCAUGGGCAAGAAAAGAAAGCAAAGACUGAUGAAGACUUUAUUAGGUUGCCCAGUGAGUCACCAGAAGAGAACCCAAAUACAAUCUCCGAAACUCAGAUAGAAGAUACGUAAUUCUGUCAAGACUUGCCGCUGCCAAAAAAGUACAUAAUCAGCUUCUUUUCUCACAACAAUGACCAGUGAUGGUGGUUAACUUGGAGAUGCAACUUCAAUUUACCAGUUUUUUCUCUGAACAAUCUUUGCCUAUGAAAUUUUGUUGCAAUGGAAGGAGGAACAUGCUCUAAAAGUGAGGCAAAUGGAGAAUGCUUGAAUCUUCUGAUGCACUAAAUUGAAGCAUGACAACCAUUUGUAUGAUAUUACCUUUAAUUCCUGAUUCAUGGGUUUGCUCACAUGUAACUUUUAAGAGAUAGACUCUGUAUUGAUGGGAGAUGGAAGUUAGUUCUCAGCAUGUACAUGACAAGCACCUUUUCUAUACACCAAUGGAUUGUAAUUCUCUUCAUAGUUCA